AUGCCAAAGUCUAAACUGGAGAAUCUGCCUAUUGAGCUGCGCGCUCAAAUCCUGUUACAACUGCCUGAUUUACAGUCUCUCGAUGGAAUAGCGCGCUCUUCAACCGCUCUUCACCAGGCAUAUCGCCUCGUCCGCCAGGAAGCCCUACCUAAAGUUCUGCAACGGAAUUAUGGCGGACUUGUGGACAUCACCGAAGCGAUUGCUGCUGUUCGCUCAAGGAAAUUCCACGGUACCAGACGCUCAGACCGAGAAAGAAUAAUUGCACUGCUAGACGAUCGACGCCGCAACAAAGAGAUUCGCUGCUUGGGGAAAAGAUCCAGGGCAACGCAACCUCUCCCUGACCAGCCAGUUGAUCUUAAUGAAGUCCGCGAUCUGCUGCGACUCCAUGAAAUAGCAAUUUGGAUUCUCAAUGAUUAUAGCCAAAACGCACCGUGCCCAUUCUGGAUUGACGGGAUCAGUUGGAGCACACAUAUCUUGCCACUGAAGUUGUCCAAAAAUGAAAAGAAACGCUACUACCGAGCAUUCUAUCGACUACAGACCUUUUGCAACUUGUUUGGUAAUAUCGAGAACCCUGUUGAUAGCCCGAACAGUUCGAAUUGGUUAUCUUGGAACCACGGUAAACAAGCUUUUACCGAGGAGGAAAUAUGGAAAUUCUUCUUUGGGACAUUUGCGCCAUGGGAGUGUGAAGAAUUUGCGGGCUUGUGGCGGUACUGUCACCACAGAAAUGGAGAGGUUUACGCAAAGGUCACCAAUGACUUGGAGCAGUACGGGCCCAAUGAAAAUGGCGACCUUCCAGCACGCCUGAAAUCCAUAGUUCUCCCUAGCUGCAGUUUACUGGACACCGACGAUCUACGGAUGUAUAGAUCCCACUACCGGCAGGCACUGGCCUCUUUUGGGCCGACCUUUCUCUACAAGCUUCUUCGAGACGACGACUUUACAACCCAGCGCAACAUGCUGUAUGCGAAUUCGUGUGGGGGCCUUCCAUAUUAUCCUCAGUCCUUACAGCGGGAUUACGAAACUGUUUACCCAUUGAUUUACCCUGCAGAUCGAUUUAAUUUCGGUAUGGAUUGGGAAGGGUUACAAAUAUUUUUGUCGACGCUGCCAGAGAUAGAAAAACCCAAUCUAUCUUGGGUGGAAACUUGGCUCAAUCAAAUGGAAGAAGAUGAGCCGCUUUACGAAGAGAUGUUUGAAACCGGUGUUGAUUGUCGACGCUGGGCCUGGGCCUACGCCCUCUGGGAUGACGGCAGGCUUCGGGAAUGGGAAGCAAAAUGGGGUGCACCAUUGAGAGAUUUUGGUGGUUGA